UAUUCCAGACGGGGGCAAUACGGCUGUAGGGAAAGUAUAAUGCCCCGGGCUAGUUUCCAACUACGGACUAUUAGUGGGAGCGGAGGUGAUUGUAAUGGAAGCGCUGUAGGGGGAAGCGGAGGAAACUCAGCUGGCAGUGGCACACGGCAGCCAGACUGAGAAGAGCGGGUCACGUGUCCCUCCCAGGAGCGCGCCUUUAACACGUUCGUCCCCGUAAAGCCCACGAGCGCGCGCAUUAAUACCGUGAAAAAGCACGGGUUCUCUCACAAAAUAAUAAAAAAAAACACUUCUAUACCGAACCACAGCACUAGAAUAUAAAGUAGUGUACAAUGACACGCACGGCUAGACCCAUACAAAGGAUAAUAGGUGGUUAUUUCGCUGGCAACCUAGGGACUAACAUAGCCCACACAGUUGAUACGUGAAGUGUAGUGACAAGCGCAUUUAUCAAGCAUUUCUGACGGCAUCGAUCCUUUCCUGCCUCUGGCAAAACCCCCUGAGGGUCGCAAGUCGCACAGCUGCUGUCUCUGUGACUGACCCCUUCUGAGAAGGGCGCAUCCGCCUCUCCAAUUAGCAGCGCCCUCAGAAGUGUUACAGGACUAGAGAAAAUCCCUGUAGAGCCCAAACUCCAGCCUGGCGUGUCUCUAAGUGGCGAAUUACGAACGCGGCAAACACGAGCUGCGCCCUCACAUCCCAAAGCUUACUGAAAACUGCGACCGCACACUGCCCCUCUCUGUAUACCUCCGCCUCCUCUUUAGCCGGACCUUUAUUCUUUACUACAGGAGAUGCGUAUGGUUUGGGGGGAAAAAAAGGAGCCGGAUUCCUCCCCCCCUUCUUUAGCGGAGGGAUACUCAACUAGGGUCUAACGUGGUGCUGAGGUUUGACUAGCGAAAAAAAUGUCUGCCUGAGGGAGCCCCACAAGUUCCUACCGGGGGAAAACAAAACGUGUAGCGGUAAUAAACACAGGCAAAAUCCCACGGAAAUCUUGUUAGUGCUGAGUAUCUUGGCACAGAGGCGGGGAAAAGCUGCUUUUAAGCGCCGGGGAAAGAGACGAAAGGGGAUCUCGCUAAACUUCAACCCAAUUAUUGGAUGUUUGAACGGAAAAAAGGAGUUCAUCUGAGUGGUGGAAGAUGAAUCCUCAACAGCGGAUGGCCGCUAUAGGAACAGACAAGGAACUGAGUGACCUGCUGGAUUUCAGUGCGGUACGAUAUCCUUCGGGGUCUUCUUAUGGCUUCUCCCACACGAUGUUUUCCCCACCUGCUAAUAGUGGGAAAACCAGACCUACUACACUAGGAAGCAGUCAAUUCAGUGGAUCUGGUAUGGAUGAAAGAUCAGGUGCCUCUUGGGGAACAAGUGGUCAGUUGAGUCCAUCCUAUGAAUCUUCAAGGGGUUUUACAGACAGUCCUCAUUACAGUGAUCACUUAAAUGACAGUCGAUUAGGCCCCCAUGAAGGAUUGUCCCCAACACCUUUCAUCAACUCAAAUCUGAUGGGGAAAACAUCCGACAGAGGCCCAUUUCCAUUAUUCGGUAGAGAUUCAGCUGUUCCUGGAUGUCAACCUGGCCUCAUCCGAGCAGAUAUUGGACUUGGGAGCUCUGGACAACUUCCAUCCUCAGGAAAACCUGGUACCCCUUACUUUCCUUUUUCGGCAUCUGGUUCACGUCGGAGGCCUUUACAGGACACACCUGCACUUGAUCCUGUACAAACAAAGAAAAUAAGAAAGGUCCCCCCUGGCUUGCCUUCUUCUGUCUAUGCACCAUCCCCAAAUUCAGACGACUUCAACAGAGAAUCUCCUAGUUAUCCAUCCCCCAAGCCUCCAAGCAGUGUGUUUGCUAGCACUUUCUUUCUCCAAGAUGGAACACAUAACUCAUCAGAACUGUGGAAUUCCUCCAAUGGGAUCAACCAGCCUGGGUAUGGUGGAAUGCUGGGUAGCUCAUCUUCUCACAUGUCGCAGUCAAGUAACUUUGGCAGCCUACAUGACCGUUUGAAUUACCCACCCCAUCCAGUGUCACCAACAGAUAUAAAUGCCAGUCUUCCUCCAAUGUCCAGCUUCCAUCGAGGUGGCAACUCAAGCUCCACCUAUGUGACUGCUUCUCACACUCCUCCCAUCAAUGGAUCAGACAAUCUGUUGGGAAAUCGAGGGAAUGCAGCUGGCAGCUCACAGACUGGGGAUGCACUUGGAAAAGCUCUUGCAUCUAUUUAUUCUCCUGAUCAUACCAGCAGCAGCUUUCCAUCAAAUCCCUCAACUCCUGUCGGCUCACCUUCUCCUCUCCCAGGUGCCAACCAGUGGUCUAGACCUGGAGGGCAGACGCCUUCAUCACCAAGUUAUGAGAAUUCUCUUCACUCUUUGAAAAAUCGCGUUGAGCAGCAACUUCACGAGCAUUUGCAGGAUGCUAUGUCCUUCUUAAAGGAUGUCUGUGAGCAAUCCCGAAUGGAAGAUCGUUUGGAUCGACUUGAUGACGCAAUUCACGUGCUUAGGAAUCAUGCAGUUGGACCCUCAACCAGUAUGUCUGCUGAUAUACACAGCUUAUUGGCUGCUACACAUAAUGGACCCAUUGCAAGUCUGACCUCCAACUAUGGAACACCUGGCCUUGUAGCAAACAGCCGACAGACUUCAAUGGUGGCAAAUCACAGAGAAGACUCUGUAUCCAGUGAACAUUCGGUUCUAUCAAGCACAGUUUCUGCAUCAAACACAGACAUUUCUCACAAAGCCCAAGAAAAUUACAGAGCAUUAUCCGUGGGAUUGGCCAGUCAGCCAGCACUACAGAACCUGAUAGAAAUCAAGACUGAGCACAAAGAAAAGGAUGAGAAUAUACACGAUGACGUCUCUUCAGAUGAUGACUCUUCUCAAAAAGAAAUGAAAGCUUCCCGAGGGAGAACAAGCAGUAUCAAUGAAGAUGAAGAUUUAAAUCCAGAACAGAAACUGGAGAGGGAAAAGGAAAGGAGAAUGGCAAACAACACAAGGGAACGUCUGCGAGUCAGAGACAUCAAUGGAGCGUUUAAAGAGCUCGGGCGCAUGUGUCAACUACAUCUAAAGAGCGAGAAACCACAGACGAAACUGCUAAUUCUUCAUCAGGCCGUAUCAGUUAUCCUCAAUCUAGAACAACAAGUCAGAGAGAGGAACCUUAACCCCAAAGCAGCCUGCCUUAAACGAAGGGAAGAAGAAAAAGUUUCUGCCGUAUCGGUAGAGCCACCAAACACACAUCCAGGAGCUCAUCCUUGUCUUACUGAUACUACCAACCCUAUGGGUCAUAUGUAACAUCAGUCAGGUCUCCCGCGCUAUUGAUAGGAUAUAUAUAUAUAGGUGACCUCUCAUCACAAGGAAACGUACAACUAAGAUACUGACGACACAAAUCUGACAGGAUCACAAGAAAAUGAAGAGGGAGAAAUCAAAUGAACUUGAAGCAAGAACUCCAAAAUGCAAUCUAUAGCCUGAAGCAAAACCCUUCUAUCAGACGCUGAACUGUAGCGAUGGGGAUAGAAUGACAUCACACGCCGGGUGUCGCUUCUGCACAAUCAGACUGUCAGUGUCUCUGCCUUGUGCCUAAACGAAAUUGACAAAUGCAUUGUAUCUACACAUUUUAUUUAUUAUGGAACUGUUCUAAAGGUAUAAAAGGAAAAAGUUGGGCUGAAAGUGGAGAAGAUUUGAGUUGAUGGCAGCAUUUGUAUAACUGUUCAUAUACAGAGAAUAAAAGGCAACCAUUGUCCCUUAGCAUUCCCAGCAAACCUAUUAGUGUCUUAACAAUGGAAGGGAAUUGGCUUUUACCAAUCCUUUCCAUUACUGUUGCCAUAUGAAUAGUGUUUUCCAUCUACUGGAAAAUAUUACUUUGGAAUAGAUUUUGUUGUUGAUUUCAAUGUUAUUUUUGGUCUCUGGUAAUCUGAACAGUUAUGGGCAUAGCUAACCUUCCACGCUCCACGCUCCAUGCUUAUAGAAAGGCCUGGAGCAAUUAAGUGACAUCACACGGGGGGUAUAUUAUUCCCUCUCAACACUGUGUUGUAAAGGGGAUUCAUAGUAAGGCCUCCUGGGGCAAUGUUUCUAUGCAAUACCUGCUACAUAUAGAGGACAUAAGGCGUUCACUGUGAGGAAACACAAAAGGAGAUUUUGCAGGGAUGCACCGAAUCCAGGAUUCAGUUCAGGAUUCGGCCUUUUUCAGCAGGAUUCGGAUUUGGCCGUAUCCUUCUGCCCGGCCAAAUCGAAACUGAAUCCUAAUUUGCAUAUACAAACAGUGUUGGACUGGGACACCAGGGGCCCACCCAAGAACCUUAGACCAGGGGCCACUCUCACUACUAUUAUUCUUCCUUUCCUCACUCAACCUCUAUUCUCCUAGUCUCCUUUCUUUACAUAUUAUAAUCGAUUAUUCCAUCUAUUGAGUCUCUUUUUCUCAUAGAAAUAGGGAAUGGCCAUGAAAUAGGCCAAAUGUUUAGCAGCAUGAGGGUCCACUGACACCUGGGCCCACCGGGACUUUUCCUGGUAUCCCUGUGGGCCAGUCCCGACACUGGGGUGAGGAGGGAAAUCACUCAACUUUUGUCACAAAAUGUUUUCCCCUUCCCACCCAUAUGCAAAUUAGGAUUUGGUUCGGUAUUAGGAUUUGGUUCGGUUGUUAGACGAAUGUUUCACGCGAAGGAUUCGGGGGUUCGGCCGAAUCCAAAAUAGUGAAUUCGGUGCAUCUCUAGUAAUUACUGUGACUAUUUACGAUAGCAGGUAAAGUUAGAACAACAAUAAAUCUGAGGUUAGGGUCUUCAGGUAGAGAGUGAUUAUUUGCACCGCCCUGAGCCCUCAGCUGGGGGAGCGGACAAACCGAAAAUUCUUUGUAGCAGGCACUCAAUAAAGGCAAACUUCCACCAGGCAGUUAGUUCAAAGUGAAAACCGAGUUUAUUGUCUCCACAACCUUACGCGUUUCGUGUUACAAACAGUUAAUCAUAGGCUUAAGUUAGAACAACACGUAGGUAUGAGAUAAUGUCAGAAUGAAACGAGGGCAAUGUCAGCGCUUUAUCAAUUGAAAUGGCGAUUCAGUGUAGGAUUCAACAAACGCCCCUCGUUAACAUCCCAAUCCUGAUACUCUGGAACCAUAUUCACGUAUUGGCGUCUAUACAAACACCGUGAAUGUCACUGUAAGCCGUCUUCCACUACUAUGAGCAUGGAAGGGUAGAAAUCAUUUCUUAUGGUCUGAACAAAAUGAAGAUAACUCUAAAGAGAACAAAAUAUACUGUAUAUAUCAUUUUGGGAACCUUAAAUCAUAUCGUGGCCGAUCCCGGGAAUAAUGGUGAGGUUAGUGGAUUAAUUCCAGUUGCUUCUAAAUAUCAGUUAUCAUGGGACUAUAUCUGUGGCCUUGUUCUUUAUUCCAGUAUUUAUCAACUAAACAAACGUUGUUGCAUAUGAUUGAUCACUUGCCACUGCCUGACCUUUUUUCCUUUAUACCCGUCUCUUCUUUUCCUUCAUUUUUUUUGUUUUGUUUUCUUUUGUUUCUAUUUUUCUCGUUGCUAUAUUAGACGUUGCCGUAUGCCCAAACGCUUCUCUUCAUAAAAUAGAAAGAAAAAAACAUUUGGCUUAUUUUUCACUGUAGUUAGUCUUUUAUACAAUAAUCUUGUAAGAAAAUUUCUUGGAUUCUAAAUAUUACUCUUUCUAGAUUUUUGAAAUCGAAAAAGUUUUCAGUAAAAAAGUUUCUUACUUUAUUUUACUAUAUUAGGUAGUAAAAAUGUAGGGUUAUUUACCAUAACCUGUUCAUUUAUAUCAGAAAUUUACAAUAGCAUUAUAAGAACAUAGUAGGGUCCUAGCAACCGUGUAGUACCUAUGGAGUAUUGUAAGAGCUAAUCGUCCAAGAUGAAUUGCUUUAUCAUCUUGUUCCUCCGGUUUCCAUUGUUGGUCUCUUGCAGAUUUGUACCCUGUGUCAGUCAACGUAUUGUUGAUAACUCUCUUCAACCAGCAGCAAGAAGUUCAAACAUUUCUGUCAAUGUAACAGAAACACAAUAUGUAUAUAACAUUUAUGUAGCAAUAAAUGUGCCAUCUUUUUUUAAA